AUGUCUCGUCAUGGAGUACACGAUUCGGUGCUGCUGAUGGCGUCUUUUGCCACGUCCCAGCGGCAAAAACCGUACCGCAACAUCAACCGAAGCGAGACCAACACCACCGAUAUCAACCUGAACCUCGACAACCAAAGCGUUCGAACCAUAGACCAGCUUUCCACGGCCAGAGCAAGUGUGACGAUGCUGGACAAGCUCUGGACGCAGAUAGACGUGUUGGACGAUGUGAAAAGAAUGGCCCACGAAGUGCAAGAACGAGGGUCGUUCCUAAGCGAGGACUUCAGUGAGAAGCUUGUGCAAAUGAAGGAGGCCCAACAGCGACUUUUGGACGUGAUGGGCCGGCACCACGAACUCAGCGAAAAGAGCCGGCAAGAAAUGAAAGAACAGCUCGAGCAAGGCCCCGUAGAGCGGAUGGAGGAAGAGGCUAUUCGCAAGGAUAAUGAGGCAAAACAGAAGAAAAUGCAUGAUUUUUUCUUUGGCAACGAACGGGAGAACACCAGUGAAGAAACCAGGGAUUUUGAUGAGCUUAAUGACUACGUGGAUGAUGUGAGGGAGAAUUUGGCUGCUGUGGCGAAAAGCAUGGCCAAGUUUGAUGACACCACUAAGGAUUUAUGGUGA